AUGGACAAACGAGAAGCUGCCGAGGAUAUGGUCAAGGCUGUGAAGGUCUUGCAGAGAUUCUAUCGCCUCAAGAAAUACCGUUGGUUUGACAUGGGCAGAAGGAUCAACCCAGUGCAACUUCCUCAACAUCCAGGUGAUGAGCAAAUUCCUGUUGGAAUACAGCCUGGCCGCGAUCCAGCGACCGCUUGGCACAAUGCCUUGCGCGUCAGUAGCAACCAAGCACUGUCUCAAGGCGAAAAUCGUUUGUCUGCAGCCUUGUCUCAUCUCAGUGAAGUGGGUCGAUUUGCUGCAGCUUGCCGUGCCGCUGCCGUGCUGGCAGUUCAUGAGGUCUUGUUGCAUCCAUAUGGAAUGGACAGCGAGAAGCAUAGCAAGCAUCAUGGUCCUGAUUCUCCUCGGGAGGUUGAUGGGAACUUCAAGCCGCCUCAAUUGGUCACAAAGGAUGACCCACUUUGGCCCCUGGUGCGACCACGUUUCGAUGGCGACCGUGUCUACAUCCACGACUCCAUUGUGCUCACUGUGAUUGGUGGCAACACGCAGGACCGAUCUCAAGAGUUUGCAUGGAGGUUGUAUCAGCAAGACGUUAAGGGCUUUCAGGCCCUUGCGGAUGCCAUCUACUCAUGUACCUACCAGGACAUGGAUGUGAGUUUUUGGGCCCUGCCGGUGGCAGUACUGGUGGACUACUUGGGCUUCAGGGUACUUUGUCGACCUCAGAUCCUGGCCGUCGGAGAUCCACCAGCAGAGUUGGUCUUGGGUCCUUUCGCGGAAGCCGAGGUGGCUUACGGCGCCCCAGGAGAUCUCCCGGAGCUUUGGCGCGAGGCCACAACUUCCAUGGCGGCAGCACAGAAGGAGCAGGACACGAAUCCAGUGGCCUAUCCUGGAGAUUCUGCUGAAAGCCGAUGGCGACAGCAGCUGCAGAGCAGGAGCAAGGCGCAGUUUGCCAGCUUGGUGCUGCAUGAAUGGGACCGUCGACACCCUGAACUUCGGCAGGAACUGGCAGCAAUGGCGGCUGAAUUGGGGCUUCAGGGCUAUCCAGUGUGCCUCAUCAGUGACCUGCCGAAACCGCUGGCGAGUACAUCGCUGUUGCGACUGCGUUCACAUUCUAUCCCCGGCUCUUCAGAUCCAGACAAUCCAGAGGGCGAGGAGUUGCAUUUUCGAAGCCCUGCUGAAGUGUUGCCACCGGAGAUCAACUUGGAUCCAAAGCCUACAGACUCCCGCAUCGUGGACCCUGUGAAGCGCAUGCGCCGCGAGGCGUUGUGGUCACUGAGUGUACCUCCACUGCCUCCAACCCAUGCUGUCACAGCAGCAGCUAACACAGGCCAACGGGUUUCCAGCGACGCACUGAAGGAGCUCUCAAAACGAGCACAGCAGGAGCUACCUCAGCAAGUCCUUGACAGGAUAAGCUCUGAGGGCCCUCCUCUGGACAGCAGAGGGUGGACGGAAGUACUUCACGCCUCAGGAGUCAACAUCCGACACAUGUCCCGUGUGGCAGCCCUGGCCAGUGCUUCGGCAGCAGCUUCUCUACAGCGGGAGGCAUUAGCACGCAGUGUGAAGUGGCUGCUGCGAAAGAGGCUAUGGAAGAAGAAGCCUUGGGCACCAGUGGCCCCGCAAGUUGUGGAAGAAGUUCACGUGGGUCCAGAACGCACUGCUUCCUUGGAGGUGCUGAAAGUCUUCAACCUGGUCUUGGGAUCUGGAGCCGACUCUGAGGAGUUCUGGGAGCAACAGCUGGUGCCAGAAGCAAGUCGUCGCUUCAACUUCACAGUGAAGCAGCUUCAACGGCAUCAUGUGAAAGCCCACGCUCUCUUUCAAGCCAUGGAGCAUCAUUGCCGGGUGAAAUUUGAGUUGGAUGCGGUGAAGCGACCCUUCUUCAAGCCGGGUUUUCCCAAUCCUUUGAAAGAGGAGGAUUUGGCAUUGUUUUCUUCAAGUACGUUACAGCACCACUUCCCGCACCUCACCGCGGUGAAGGUCCACUGGAGCAGGCGCCUACAGCACUACGACGCGGUGGAUGAAGAGACGCGGCAAAUCAGAGACCACAUGCUGAAGGAGCCCAGCUUUCAGGGCUUUUGCCCGGAGCUGCGCAUCAUUUGUGCCCGAGGCGAAGAAUGGUCGGCUGCAGUGUCCGCACCCACCAAGCACACCCGAGAGAACCGAUGGGAUCGAGUGUUUCAGGUGCUUCAACUGCAGCUCACCCUCACACGAGCCAUCGGAGAUUCCUGUGGUGCGGUUGGCAGCAUCUUGCAGGGCAUUGCAGUCGCACUACUCGAGAUGGCCAAGCAGAAGGUGGAGAAACCCGAGACGGCCGACGAGAUCGAUGAAAUCGCCACGGCCAUGCUCUCGAGUGGACCAAAGGCAGACAAGAAGUGUUUAAAGAAGACGCUGUGGGCCGCAGAUGCUGCAGCCAAGAUGUUGCCCAGCACGAUUUCCGCCUGGUGGGCGCAUUUGGCUGCGAUGGAAGCUGAAUGGCUUUUGGAUAAGAAGGUCGAGGCACAUGCACGAGUGCAACGACUACAAGCAGACUGGGACAGGUUUUGUCCCGAUCAACCUGUCCUUAUGUUGCGCCUGGAGGGCACAGCGGCCCGCCUUUAUGCCCAGCAGGGAGAUUGGGCUUCUGCAGCUAUGCACACAGAGAGGUGCUGUGCCUUAGCUGAACGUGCCUUUGGCCGCACCCACAACGCAACGGUAGCAUUGCGCGCACGUUUGGGAGACGCCUGGUCCAGAAGAGAAGAUUGGGACAAAGCGAUUGCUGCUUAUCAAGAAGCAUAUUCGGUGGCGCAGGUCAGUAGCGAUGAAAAGACCACGGGACGCUUGGCCUUUGAACUGGCUCAGGUGCUACACUUCAAGGGCGAUCUCACAGGUGCUAAAGGCUAUGCUGAAGAUGCGGUGAAGUUGUUGAUACCUUUGGACGUGGGUCGUAGUGACGGCGAUCUCAGUGGGACCUCCUUUGAAGCGUUGAUGCUGCUCUCGCGAGUUUACGAGGACCUCUGUGUACGUUUCCUGGAGCUUCAUGAGACCGAGCAGGCAGCCGUUAGCCCUGCGCAGCUUCAGGCCCUCAUCACCAAAGCCAUCAAAUGCUUCGAGACGGUGCUCAAGAACUUGCCCGCCUCGGAGCAGGUAGCUCGACAUGCUGGAACGAUGUCGCGCGCAGCACAGAUCGUAGAGUCGGUUCUGAGACUCAAAGUCAUGGGGCUGGGUGAUAGCGAAUACUCAGUGUUAGUCGAUGCCGUGGAGGAGCUGCUUCUUCACGCAGCGUCGGCUUCGGAGACAACUUCAUCCCUCCAACGGGCCAUCAGCCAGACUCGCGGUGUACGCCAACUGCAACCUCGAGCAGAGACACGAGCUGUCGCAGAGGCGGCCUUGCGGCCGGUGUCCAGUACUGUGUCGCUGGAAGUUCCGGAGAAGUUGAUGGAACUGUUUGAGGAGGUGGCUAAGGAGGCGCUGAUCAACCACAUUCCGCCAUCCAGCUGGUUCGACCGGAUGGUGCAUGUAGUGGCAGCAGGCUUUGCAGGACCUCCUGUUCCUGGUGAUCCCACCUACUUGGCCACGAUUCAGAUGCUGGAGUUGUGCCGUUUCUUCGGCAAUGCAGCACGUGUGAUCAUGUGCGCAUCCAGUGAGGGAUGA